CAGAGGUUGGAGUUCGAAAGGCGUGGCUGGAACAGGUUAAAAAUGGCGGACAGAAACCAGGACAGAAACAAGGAAGGAGAGAAGAAGAAGAAGGAGAGUAUCUUUGACCUGUCAAAGUACAUUGAUAAACAAAUCCGUGUGAAGUUUCAGGGAGGACGAGAGGCCAGUGGAGUUCUGAAGGGGUUUGACCCCCUGUUGAACCUGGUAUUGGAUAGCACCAUCGAGUACUUGCGGGAUCCUGACGACCAGUUCAAGCUGACCGAGGACACGCGGCAGCUGGGCCUGGUGGUUUGUAGAGGGACGUCCGUGGUGCUCAUCUGUCCUCAGGACGGCAUGGAAGCCAUCCCCAACCCCUUCAUCCAGCAGCAGGACGGAUAGUCGGCCAGCCUCGUUCUCUAGGAUGACCUCACAGUAGUCCAAUUCCAGGUGUACUUCAUGUUUACUCUCACCAUCAGCCCCACACAUCUUUGAGUCCCUAUAAUCAGGAAAAUAAUUUUGUUGUAAUUUAAUUGGUGUUGCCAACCUGAAUAUUGAUCUAGCAGGGAAUGGUGUGAUAGCAUGUGUUUUGUUUAUAAAUGAAGAAUGGUGAUUUAAAUGUUCUUUUUUUGUUGGGGGAAGUUUUUCUGACUGCAGAAAACAUUUUUGCUGUGAUGGUAAA